AUGUAUCGAAUAUUACUUUUAACUAUCUUGACGAGUCAUAUUAGGGCAGAAUUCAGCACUGCAGUGACUGCAACAAUGAAAGCAAUCGAUUUCGAAAUUUACGGCAGGGUGCAAGGCGUUUUUUUUAGAAAAUUCACCAAGCAACAGGCGGAUAAACUGGGCCUGCGGGGUUGGUGCAAAAACACGUCACAAGGAACAGUACUAGGACAUAUACAGGGACCAUCAGAACAAAUCGAAUCAAUGAUGCAAUGGUUGAAGACCACCGGAAGUCCGAGCAGUCAAAUAGAAAAGGCUGAAUUCAGGAAUCAGAAAGAUAUUAACGAAUACAACUUUACCGAUUUCAGUAUUAUGAGAGAUUAA